AUGGAGGAUCGCAAACCCCUCUGCUGUGAGAAAUCCCGACCUCCUCCAGCCCCACCAGACCGCUCCCACCCCGCGUUACAGCGCCCGAGCCGCCCUGCAGUUCCCUCACAGUUCGGCCGCCACGCCGCCCUCAGCGCCUUGGCCGCAGCCCGCCGAGCUUUUCGCUGGCUCCUCCCUGGCUCCCGUCUCUUUUCUCGCUUUCGUUUUUCCCUUCGCUGUGGAGGUGGUUCGUUAUCCUGGCGGUAUUCGCCCUGGGGGUCCGUCUCACCUUUCUGGCUCUGCCAGCGAUUUGCUCAAGUGUUUACGUGGCCGAAAGCCCCCCACUGCCACCGACGACGUGAUGUAGGCCGAUAUCGGGCACCCUACCGGAACCGUGAGCUGCUUGAGGGCUGCCGAGAGUUUGAGGUUAACAACCUCUCCCGUGCAGCGGGAGAGGGCAGUGUUGGUCCAGCAGGACAGUCUUCUGUUAGUGUUUCCAGGUUUUCUCCUCAAGCAGUUGUUUAUAGCUGGCUGUAUUACCUAAAGGAAAAAUGCCUUUGUGAAAGCCUUUCUGACUGCAGUUCGUGUAUUGGUAAUGACACAAAUGUAACAGGCUGCAAGUGGAUCACAUGUGAUGAAGAAGAGAUGUGUGUAAAUGAAACAGAAGUAGAUGGGAAACAUAGCAACUGUACAACUGAAGAACAGUGUUCCAAUGCUACUACGUCGCCUUCCAAUGCUACUACGUCGCCUUCCAAUGCUACUACGUCACCUUCCAAUGCUACUACGGAGUCUUCCAAUACUACCACAGCCAGUUCUACUACCACAGCUCAUACUACUAUAGCUAACAUCACCAAUGUAACCACACAUGCUCCUUUAUCGACAACUGCCAUAACUUCAGCCACCACAACAACCAGUAUUCCAGGUACAAAUGCUACUGUGACGCCUGCACCUUCUUCACGCAAAUCUACGUUUGAUGCUGCGAGUUUCAUAGGUGGAAUUGUCCUUGUUCUGGGUCUGCAGGCUGUUGUUUUCUUUCUGUACAAAUUCUGCAAGUCAAAAGACCGAAACUAUCACACACUUUAGGACAUGCCACUUUAUAAUGGACUAGUAGCCCAACACGUGUAGUUCACUGAACCAAAAUAUUUUCUGUUGCUCAUUGAAGACAGCGGUUCGUAAUAUCCUUUAAAUCUCUAAAAGAAGACUUUAAAAGAAUAUUUUUGCAACAUUAUACUUGGCAAGAGGUGAUAUCAAUCUCUUCAACAGGAUUACUUGCAAUAUGCUGCAUGGGUUCUAAUGGCUGUCUUAUUUUCCUUUAGUGGCUGCUGCUGUGGGACUUUUUUUUGAUAUGCCAAAUGUAGACGUUCAGAGAUUCUUAUUCAGUGGCAACACUGUCUUGAGUAGACAAUCUCAUGAUGACUUAUUGUGAAGGCUAAUUUAAUCAACAUUUGAUACAGUAUCCCUUCAGUUUUAUCAAGAUGUGAAUUAUUGGUGACUGACUUCAGGGAGUGAAAUAGCGUUUAUACUAGCUUGUGGCUUUAAUAGUGUACUGCUAGAAAGAUGAACAAAAUUGUAGGAAUAGCUAAUGUCUUAACAGAA